AUGGACAAUCAAACAGAUCUUACUCAUGACGAUAAUAUCGGUAGGGAACAGAUAUCGAGCACAUCUUUGCCUCAUGACUGGCGCUCCCAUCCUUUUAUAUUCCUUACCCAAGCAUGCCAUGCCGGAGACUUUGAGACUGUCCGAUAUAUCUUGACCGAAAUCAGAGAAGGUCCCGACCUGGAUGACAUCAAAAAUUCUUUCUCCACGGACCUCCUCUGGGCAUGUACAACAGGAUACCCUGACAUCCUUACUUGUUUACUGGAGCAUGGAGCGCCAAUUACCAAUUGUGCGACGUACGCAGCAAGUAUCGAAGAUGCGGACACCGCUAUUCGUAUCUAUGAUAUUUUAUUCGAACAUGGUUUAAAUCUAGCAGACUACCCUGGAAUUGUCCAGUAUCUUGAAAAUGAGAAAGUAUUGGAAUACUUGCUCUCCAACGGUGCCGAUCCUAACGGACUCGAUGAUUAUCAUAAUGUGCCGCUCAAUAUAUGCGACACGGAAUCGACUAUAAAGCUUCUCGUAGACUACGGUACAGAUUUGUCACUGGCCCCUCUAUUGCAUGACUUCGUAUGUUUCCCGAACCACACUUACAGCGAAGAGAGUUGCGAGUUUCUGCUGUCUGUAGGAGUAGACAUCAAUGCUCCUGCGGUUUACGCUGGACACGCUCCACCGGGAUCAAAACUGUAUCAGGAUGCGGCCGGGCGUCUUGUUGACGGAGGGACCGCGCUGCAUUUUCUGGUGCGUGGGUUUGGUCGCAAAGGGAGGCCAGAUGUGGAUCCAAUACCUCGGAUGAAGUGGUUAUUGGAACAUGGAGCAAAUGUGGACAUCAAAGAUGAUUGUGGAUUGACGCCACUGGAUUAUGCUACCGAGCCGGCAAUGAUUGAGCUUCUCAAAAGCUACCAGGUUUGA